CAAGACUGCAUUGGCAUUCAUUAAGGUUGAUAUUGAGUAAUGGCAGCCAAUAACUUGCCAAUUCUGAUAAGACCACAAGGACCUCAGUACAUCACAACCCUCGGCGCUUGUCGUGCGCAGGCGGUAAAGCGCAAACGGCACAGACUUGUAGAACUGGUGGGUGAUGGUAUACCGGCCGGUAGUCUUCGUUGGUUCCCUUUUUACCAGGACAGGAAGCUUGGCUUCGGAACACCACUGGCGGCCAUCGGUUUUACCCUCACGAAAAAGGGGUGUAUGGAAGCACUGAAAGCGGUGUGGUGUGCUCCCGGGACGGGCAGGAUCUCACUAGCGCACGGCGCCCUGGGAUCAGACGAUCGCACUGUCGAAUCCGCCCCACAGCAAGCCAGAUCCCAGGGUUCCCGCCAUUCCGUCCUGGUGUUGAUGGUCGAUAGACCCCUGUCCUUGUUUCUCCUGAGCUCAAUGGGAAUCCAUCCUUUUGGAAUGAUUGCACGAUAUGUUGUGUCAGAUGCUUCGCCGCUGGUCUUCAGCCUAAAUAUAUUGUACCUUCUUCAUGAUCGUGGAUAUCUGACUGCUCAAUAUGAUGACCAACUAGCGACCUUGACCGAGCGGGAAUCUGGCGUUUGGAGAAGCCACGGGCAACUCCUAAACCCUCACCGAUCGCUUCGGGCGCACCCUACCCCUGUCAACUCACAAAACACAGUAGGACUUGGCGUAGCAUUGGAAUCCGUCACCAGCACUGUGGUGGAUAUCUCCAUCUGCAUCUCCGUGUGCGCCUCGGCAAUGUUUCGAGGCCAAGGACUCAAGGUGUAG